AUGGCCUUAGGUAUCCUGUGGCUGGGCCUUGCCCUCCUGGGUGCUCUGCAGACCCAUGCCCAGGAUUCUACCCCAAACCUGAUCCCAGCCCCACCUCUGCUCUCAGUCCCUGUGGAGCCUGACUUCCAGAAUGAGAAGUUCCAGGGGAAAUGGUACUUCUUAGGAUUGGCAGGGAACGGAUUCAAUAAAGAAAAGCACAGGAGGAUGAAGAUGUACAUUGCCAACUACGAGCUGAACGAAGACAACAGCUACAAUGUCACCUCUACUGUGGCCUGGAACCAGACCUGUCAUCCCUCGACCAAAAUUUUCCUCCCAAAUUUGCGUCUAGGCCAAUUCAACCUGGGCAACAUUGAGCGUUACACUGGAAUCCAGAACUACACUUCAAAAGUGGUGACCACAGACUACAACCAGUUUGCCAUACUGUACUUCAAGAAAGUUCACGACAACCAGGAGUACAUCAAGGUCAUCCUCUUUGGGAGGACCAAGGAGGUGCCUUCUGUACCGAAGGCAAUCUUCAUCAGCUUCAUCAAAUCCCUGGGCCUCACCGACGACCACAUCAUCUUCCCUAUCCCCAAUGAUGAGUGCAUGGAUAAGUAA